CACCACCAUGAUAAAAGAAGUUAUAGAUUCCAUAGAAACUAGCAAUUGACUAAUAGUGUACAAAGAAUAAAGAUCUGAAGCUUGUUAUGGCUACUAUUCGAUUAGCUAUAAUUGAUCCAAUUAGUUGGGAUUAAGUUUUAGUCAUGUUAGUACGUUUACUUUAGUCCAACAUUUGUUUCGGUCUUUAGUCUUCUUAGACAUUCAUAGAUAAAUGUAGAGAACUUUUAACGUUAGAGAAACUAAUAGUUAUAAGAUUGGAUUAAAACAAGCGUAACCGAGCUACUUGAACAAUGAGGAUUCAUAUAGCUGACCGCAACUAGCUUGGUAUUGAAGCACAGUAGUUGUUGUGAAUGCAUGUGAACAUAGAUGAUUAGGGCCUCUAUUAAGUGAUUAUUAUCAUAGAUGAUUUUUCUCUUCGUAAACUGCAAUGAGGUUGGCCUUAUUAUAAUUGCAAUUCAGAGCUUUGAACUUUCUUUGUAUGUAUUCGCCUUCUGGGGAAAAACUAGGCGAGAAUGUUGAACCAUCAGAGAUUGAAGAAGCUGCAAUGGGAAGUAGUCUGAUCCAGCAGAUUGUUGUCAUUGGCCAGGAUCAACGACGUCUUGGAGCUAUAAUUGUACCAAAUAAGGAGGAGGUUCUGUUAGCAGCUAAAAAAUCAGCUAUUGUGGAUUCUGAAACCACUGAAGUUAGCAAGGAAAAAGCAGUUGGCAUAUUAUAUGAGGAGUUAAGAAAAUGGACUUCAGGUUGCUCAUUUCAAGUUGGACCUAUCCUUAUUGUCGAUGAACCUUUCACGAUUGAUAGUGGCUUACUAACACCAACCAUGAAAAUCAAGAGAGACAAAAUUGCAGCUCUAUACAAAGAGCAAAUUGAGAACUUGUACAAAUGAUUCUUCCCUCUGGAAUCCCCUCACUAUUUUUUCUAUAAAAGCUGCAAGAUCUGAAUUACAACCACGAAUGGGUUUUCAGAUUACUUUUCCAUUAAAAAAUGUGUUUGUAAUGAUAAUAUAGUGGUUGAAAUUGAAUGCAUCUAAUAGAAACUGUAUAUGUAUGAGGAUGUAAAACCAGUAUUUGGAGGCAAAUAACUACUGUUGUUGUUUUGUACCAAAAACUUGUUUAAUAAACAUGUAAUAUUGUCUCCUGAAUAAAAAAAAUUACAUUCAAUUUUGGAA